AUGCCUUACUCCUUACUCCUUAUUAGACCUUACUGGCAAGUAACGACUUAUUUUUACGAGAGUUGCGGGGACUUCGUACGGAACAAUCAGAAGAGGUGGUGUCGUUUUGCCUUCGCGAUUUUGCCAUUGGCCAUCCACGUUGGUGGCUCCAGCAACAUAAUGGUGGUGGAGGGGCGAGACCUGAGUCAGUGUCAGUACCAGAGACCAGAAGACCCGCCAGAGACACUGGGGCCCCUGCCAGUUCAGGCACCCCUCCCCUGCCCAUCCAGGCACCCCAUGUCCACUCACCAGGGCCUCGACAGGGAGACAGGGGCAGUUGGACAGGGAGUGUCUGGUGCUCAAGUCCCUACUGUAAACUGUACCUGUACAAAGUUCAACUGCUCAUCAGCUCAUGCCUCCAGUCUCCACAUUCCACUCCGCGCUUCUUCUGUCACCUUUCCCGUUUCCUGCCACCAUCCAAUAUGCAGGAUCCGGCAACCAGCAGGCACCUGCCACCUGCCACCUGGGAACGGGAGUUUCGAACGGGAAUGUACCAGAUCACCAGCACCAUGUGUAAACUCACCCCUAGCUCUCGUCCAAACGGUACCCGUCCGAACUAUUGAGAUACCCACAGGCCACAUUAGCUUUGGAGACUGCGGACCUCAUCGCGAUUCGCUUCUGUCAUAUUCUUGUCCAACUAGUGCGAACUUUGGUUGA